AUGGAAGAACACCUGGAUCGGGAACUUGCUCCCAACCGACUUCAUUUACGUAGACCGCUCGACCGAAUGCCGGCUUCAUUCCUUUUGUCCUCCUCAUACCUUGACGACAGGCCUCUACUGCCCCCUCCAAGCCGCCACUCAGCGCUUCUACGAAUGGUUCAAGGGCGUCCAUCAAAGUCCUAUCCCCAGAUCGUGCAGGUGUGA